UGUUUUUCUUUUCUCUUCUCUCGGGUUGUAUUACGCCCGGUUAGUGUUGUUUUUUAUAGCUAUAUCUCUAACAGAACCCACUGGUGGCACGUUUAUAUCUUUAAAGUCUUCAUCCACGGCGAAGCUGGAAACAUUUCAGCAAAGGUUAUCAAGUAUGAAAUGGUUGUUUCAUCCAACAGAAAAAAAAUCAAAAAAAAGAAAAAAAAGAUAAAAAAAGGAAAAAAAGAAAAGAAAAGAAAAGCUGACUUUGUAAGAGGCUCUCUUUAUUGCAUAGAAGCGUUGCACACUUAAUUGUUGGGACUCGUAGAUACAUGACAGAAGUACCCAAGCUCAUUAAAAUUGGCAUUAAUGCUUGGCGUAGAAGUGCAACACUUAUAAAUUGGUGCAAGAAUCAUAUUCUUGUUUUUAAUUGCAAAUCAUAAUGUUUGGGAAUGCAACCGGGAUCUGCUUGCCAGAUGGAUUUGGAGAUGAUAUGAUAAUUGAAGUCCAAGAUUCGCAGGGAAAGUAUUGCGGGCAUGCUCUUGUUCAUGUGGCUGACACUUCUGAUGAAUCGGGAAGAAGCAUCGUCAGUGUGUUAUAUUCCGGGAACCAAAGCACGAAAAAGCUGGGAAAAAUACAGCUAUACAUCAACGAUUCAACCACUGCAGAUGAAAAUAGUUACAAGAUAUAUGUGGGUGUUUUAUAGUUCAUGCUUAACGCCUAUUUCGUUCAAAAUCAAGAUUCCAUCCUUCGGCGAGUGUGGCAUCACUAACUAUGUGUUACGUCCAGUGCACAUCUGUAGCAGCAGAAACUAUCGCUUAAUACAAUGUUUUGGAGACUGUGAUGAAAGACCAAUAGUUUCAGCAAAGAAACUUGUUGUUGCUACAUGGUUCGUGGAAAUUGGUGGAUGAAUUUGCAUCUUUUUUGGCGUUUUAGAUGGAUACACAAAGCUCAUGUAUCAUGAAUGUGCAUUGCUGGGAUAUCGCCACACCAACAGCAGAUUGUCAUUAAAGACAAAAGUAAGCACACAUUGAGUCACCAAGAGGUCCGUUUCUUGGGUGAAGUGUCAUUUCAAAUUGAGCAGAUACUCACUCUGGUCUUCGAGAAUUACAAGUCACUUGAUGAAUCAUCGCCAUCGGGUAUUAAAGAUGUAUUCGGACCUGCUACAGGAGUGGCCGCACCUGCUCUUGAUCCAGCUUUGAAGCUCUACAAAAUGUUGCAUGACAUUCUUUCACCUGAGAUUGCUACGAGAAAAAGGUCAAUGAAGCACUUGUUUGAAACUGAUGAGUUCUUUUCGACCAUUAACGAAAACAUUUUAUUGAACCCCGUGGCUGUCUCCACAGCCUAUAUGAAAAUGAAAAACUUAUGCAUGGUUACUCAAGAUGUGAAGGCUGCAGUGAAAAACGAAGAUCCUCUUGUAAAGUCGUUGAUGUUGAGCAGUGUCACAUUCUGUAUUGAAACAAGUAAUACAACGCCCAUGCUUAAGGUUCACAAGGAAUAUGUUCCAACAUGCAUGGAGUCCCUUAAUGAUGAAACACCUGAUGUGAGGAAUGCCUCUUUCUCAGCUUUGGCGGAUAUUGCCAAGGUUAAGAAAUAUAUUUUUAUUAUAAGAGGAAGAGCUGAUGAGGGAAGAUCAUUCUGAACUUGCUGCUGAAGGCGCUUUUGUAAAGUCUAAGAAAGCCAUCGGGAAGAUUAAAGUUCAAGUUCUUAAAGCGAAAAGGGGAUGGAGUGGAACCCACUGGUUGCACGUUUAUAUCUUUAAAGUCUUCAUCCACGGCGAAGCUGGAAACAUUUCAGCAAAGGUUAUCAAGUAUGAAAUGGUUGUUUCAUCCAACAGAAAAAAAUAAAAAAUCAAAAAAAAGAAAAAAAGGGAAAAAAGAGAAAAAGAUAAAAAAAGAAAAAAAGAAAAGAAAAAAAAGCUGACUUUGUAAGAGGCUCUCUUUAUUGCAUAGAAGUGUUGCACACUUAAUUGUUGGGACUCGUAGAUAGUUGACAGAAGUACCCAAGCUCAUUAAAAUGGGCAUUAAUGCUUGGCGUAGAAGUGCAACACUUAUAAAUUGGUGCUAGAAUCAUUUUCUUAUUUGUUGAGAUUGAAAAGUCCACCCGAAGAGAUGCAUUGGGAAUUCAACCGGGAUCUGCUUGCCAGAUGGAUUUGGAUUUGGAGAUGAUUUGAUAAUUGAAGUCCAAGAUUCGCAGGGAAAGUAUUGCGGGCUUGUUCUUGUUCAGGUGCCUGACACUUCUGAUCAAUCGGGGAAGAAGCAUCGUCAGUGUGUUAUAUCCCGGGAACCAAAGCACGAAAAAGCUGGAAAAAAUACAGCUAUACACCAACUAUUCAACCACUGCAUAUGAAAAUAGUUACAAGGUAUAUGUGGAUGUUUUAUAGUUCAUGCUUAACGCCUAUUUCGUUCAAAAUCAAGAUUCCAUCCUUCGGCGAGUGUGGCAUCACUAACUAUGUGUUACGUCCAGUGCACAUC